GCUCCGACUGAGCAAAAUGGCGGAAUCCAGGGAAGAAAACAUUGUUGACGACGCGAAGAUAGAACAGUUUUGUGCAGUGACAGGGUCGUCAGUUGAGGCUGCCAAAGAGUUGCUGCAAGUAUGUUGUGGGAACCUGGAGAUGGCGAUAGGUAUGCACAUGGAUGGGUCGUGUGAAGCGGCUCCUGCUGCCCCGGCCGCACCCUGCCCUCUCUACCCCGAUGACAGUCUCGGUCACAGUUCCACUGCAGGGGCUAGUGCUGAUGUCAGCGACAGUGAUGCAGUAAGAGCACCAAUACCACAGAGAAGGGAAGUGUUGGUGGAGGAAGCAGCUAAUCUAGGCUUUCGACCAAGACGAAGACAAACAAGAUCAGUAUUCGAUGGUUUUCGAGAUUUUCAAGCUGAAGCACGUCAACAAGAGCAGAGACUGACGGGGAACCACAGCAGAAGUGGAGUUGAAGGAGGGGGUGGGGGCGGGAACAAGCAGAGGACGCUCGAGGAUCUCUUCAGACCUCCCAUUGAUCUCACAUACAAGGGAACAUUCCAGAAUGCCCGAGACAACGGAACACGCCAGAACAAGUGGCUGCUAGUCAAUGUCCAGAACGUCCAGGAGUUCCCUUGUCAGGUCCUCAACCGGGACAUCUGGAGCUGCCCCCACAUCAGGAGCCUCAUCAAACAACACUUCAUAUUCUGGCAGGUUUACCACGACAGUGAGGAAGGCAAAAAGUACAUGCAGUUUUACAAGAUAAACGAAUGGCCGUAUGUGUCCAUUGUUGAUCCCCGCACAGGAGAGAACCUUGCUGAAUGGUCCAAAAUAGUAUCAGCAUCAGCGAUGCGCACAAUGUUCAGUGAGUUCCUGCUGAACCACCAAAACCCUGAUUCAGCAGACAGCAGUCCACCAUCAAAAAGAAUGAAAAGAGAACCAAGCAUAGUAGAUGCCAGUGAAGAGGAUCAGUUGAAGGCAGCCAUUGAGGCCUCCUUGAAACAAGAGACAUCACAGCAGGACGAUUCAUGUAUAUUUGUUGACACUGACUCUGAAGCUCAGUCAGAUGACAUGGAAACUUUCUCAGACUCAAAUGAGGAAAGCAGUCGAAGUGAAAUGCCAAGCACAUCAACGUGCCAUAGAAACAAUAAUUCCAAAGGACACGCCAAAGACUCCGAUGUUGUGAAUAACGUGAACAGUAAAUCCUUGCCUAGCACCAGUGUGGAUGGGAAUGUGAGGGAAGGCAGUAGUAGGCAGGUGUGUGUAGCUCAACUGGACAACAUGGCGGGAAGGGACAGCUCCAAGGGGAAGGAGGGAGAUGGGCAGGACAAGAGUGUCAACGGACAUGAAGAGUUGGAGGAACCGGAGGAGCAAGAUGAUGAACCUGAAGGUCCAGAGAUGAAUCUGUUGAUUCGAUUCCCAGACGGUGCCAAAGAACAUCUUAAUCUUCCAAGUACAUCUACCAUCAAGACUCUUCUUAAAUUUGUUAUAUCAAAAGGCAUAAAGUCUGGUGAUUUUGAGCUGGUGACAAACUUUCCACGAAGGCAGCUGCAUCUUCUCAGUCCAAACACCAAGUUAAAGGAUGCUGGACUCCAAGCCAAAGACACCUUGUUCAUACAUUGUGUAUAAGACCUACAUCAGGACUUUUCUCAACAUCCCAGUUACUAUGGAAACAGUGAUCGUGUACAUAUUCUGAUGUUAAAGGCAGCUAGUGCUCACUAACUUCAGGAAACAAUGUUAGUUACAUUGUGUUUGAACACUGCCAAACAAACAUCAGAAGAUCCAUUAUAUUAGUUGAACUCAGUCAGAUGGGGGCAGCUAUUGUUGACAAACAUCAAAGCAUCAGUCAUGUUGUUUACUGACCAACAUCGAGACAUUCAUCAUGGUUCACUGACCAACAUCCAUCAGAUUUGCUGGAAAACAUCACAACAUCCAUCGGUUUGCUGACAAACAGUACAACAUCCAUCGGUUUGCUGGAAAACAUCACAACAUCCAUCGGUUUGCUGACAAACAGUACAACAUCCAUCGGUUUGCUGGAAAACAUCACAACAUCCAUCGGUUUGCUGACAAACAGUACAACAUCCAUCGGUUUGCUGGAAAACAUCACAACAUCCAUCGGUUUGCUGACAAACAGUACAACAUCCAUCGGUUUGCUGGAAAACAUCACAACAUCCAUCGGUUUGCUGACAAACAGUAAAACAGCCAUUA